CAGGCCCCCGCUGAGUGUAGCACAACGAUCAACAGUUGACCGUAUACUGCUGUACAACAUAGCGUUUAUGAAGUUUUCAUGGUUUAGUUUAGUCCCCCUUUGUUGAACUGGGGGUAGUUAUCAAAAUAUUAGUGCAUAUACGUAGUUUUUUAAAGAAUAACGUGAUUUGUUCGAGGCCGUGGCAUGGAUGAGGUACGGCCUACCAGUGGUGCUCAAGCCCACGGGCUGGUGCCGCUGUUUCCCCCCGGACUGGAGGCUAUCUAUGGGGAAUGUCGGCGACUUUACCCCGAGCAAGCCAACCCGCUUCAAGUUACAGCCAUCGUAAAAUAUUGGCUAGGAGGACCAGACCCAUUAGACUACAUCAGUAUGUAUAGGAAUACGGGCUGUCCAGCUCAGGACGUCCAGGAGCAUUGGCACUAUGUAAGCUUUGGACUGAGUGACCUGUAUGGAGAUAAUCGUGUUCAUGAAUUUACAGGGGCGGAUGGACCUAGUGGGUUUGGAUUUGAGCUCACCUUUCGACUGAAAAGAGAGGUGGGAGAGACGGCACCUCCAACAUGGCCGGCUGAGCUCAUGCAGGGAUUGGCUCGCUAUGUGUUUCAGUCAGAAAACACAUUUUGUAGUGGUGACCAUGUAUCAUGGCACAGUCCGCUAGAUAACAGUGAAUCUCGUAUCCAGCAUAUGCUGCUUACAGAAGAUCCACAGAUGCAACCAAUUCAAACUCCGUUUGGCUGUGUGAGCUUUCUCCAGAUUGUGGGUGUAUGUACAGAGGAGCUACAGGCGGCCCAACAGUGGAACGGCCAAGGCAUCCUGGAGCUGAUGCGGGGAAUACGAGUAGCUGGUGGCCCCUGGCUAAUCACAGACAUGAGGAGAGGGGAGACCAUUUUUGACAUUGAUCCACACUUACAACAGGAGAGAGUAGACCAGGGUAUUGAGAGUGAGGGCUCUAACCUGAGUGGGGUCAGCGCCAAGUGUGUGUGGGACGAUUUGAGUCGACCGCCAGAAGAUGAGGAGGACAGUCGAUCCAUCUGCAUAGGAUCGCAGCCACGUAGGCUCUCAGACAAAGACACAGAGCAGAUCAGGGAGACCCUGAGAAAAGGACUAGAGUUUAACAGCAAGGCAGCACUACCACCUAUCAGCAGCCAGAGACAGAAUCACGAGAGACCUCAGAGUCGGAAGGACAGUUUGGAGAGUGAGAGCUCCGCAGCCAUUGUUCCUCAUGAGUUGGUCCGAACACGACAGUUGGAGAGCGUCCAUCUGAAAUUCAACCAGGAGUCAGGCACACUGCUGCCCCUCUGCCUGCGGGGCCGGUUGCUCCAUGGGAGACACUUCACGUAUAAAAGUAUCAACGGAGACACAGCCAUUACCUUCGUGUCGACAGGAGUUGAAGGAGCUUUCGCUACAGAAGAGCAUCCUUAUGCAGCCCACGGCCCCUGGCUUCAGAUACUUUUGACUGAAGAGUUUGUGGAGCAGAUGCUUGGGGAUUUACAGGAACUCAACACUCGUGAGGAGACAAAGUUACCAAAGGAGUACAGCUGGCCAGAAAAGAAGCUGAAGAUCUCUGUCCUACCAGACUCUGUGUUUGAUAAUCCGCUGCAAUGAGACAAAGACAAUGACGCCUGCAGACACACACUUCCAGAGUGGACCGUCACGAACAGGAGACCUCCCAGGACGUGCAGCGAUCCUGAGCUGCCAGGGCGCACAGAUAUGUUGUUUCCACAGUGGAUGGACGGAGACUGUUUCACUCCUGAAGAUGAUCUGAGGGGUUAUUUAAACACUUUUUGACUGUUACUGCAUUUUAAGACUUGCCCCACUGUUUACAACAUUUCUCUGAGGCUUAAACGCUUUUGAGAACAAUCCUGUAGGGCAAACAGGAUGCUGUCAUUCCUCCAGCAAGUCCAAAAUAUACAUCACUAAUGCGGUUGAGCAUCAUUCAUCCUGUGAUCACCACACGCAGUGUUUCAAGCAAUAACUGGGUUGCAGUUCUUUAAUACAGUUCUAUUUAUUCCAGUGGCCUUAGAAAGGGAAGAAAAAUCACAAAUUGAACCUUUUUUUUUGUUUCAAUUGCGCUAAUGUGUAUAGUAUUUACAAAUGCUGGACAUUUUUUUCUCGUUUGUUUGUGGUCACACCAAAGUUUGAACUUUUGCCAUGUUGCUGUCAGUUCUGUCUGUGUGUCAAAUGUUCCAUGAUUCUGUAACGAUAACCUGACAGGCUAUGACUAACUAUCAGUCACUGCCACUUCAUUUGGUAUCUGGCAGAUGCUGCAAGCAUAACCACCUCUACUCCCCUGUGGCAAGAACAUAACUCCCGUGUUGAGUAAUAUUCUUUGAAUCUGUGUUCUUCUUCUCAUGCGACAUGAUGUGUUUCAUAGUUGUCAAAUGAAACUCAUCAGGUCUGUUGUAAAUGUUCAAAGAUGUUAAGUGUUUUCAGUGUCCUCUCAAGUGCCAUCUCCAGUGGCCACAUAGAUGUAAAAGAUGUUGUUUUUUCUUUAAUCAGUGGGACCUGCUUGAAAAUGAGUUGGAGUAUAAUUCCUCUGUGCCUUGAGCUAAGAAGGACUGCAUAUUUUUCCGUUGGUUCUUAGUGCUGCCUACAGCUCCGGGAUUGCUAAGAGACAUCACUUUGAAUCAAGGUUGCUGCGUUCACUGCCUUUUGCUGAUACAGUCGUUGCAUUCCAUGUUAAUGCCAAAACAGAGACGAGACUACUUCUACCACAGUGUCUUCUUACAAAAGUGUGCUCUUAUACUACACUUGAUGGCAUAUCUUAUUUUUGUUUGUCCUUUUUACUCAGAAUGACAAAUAUAAAGUUUAGACAUUGUUGAUAUUGAUGAAUUUUCAUAUCUUAUUGACUGAACUGGCUGAUUGUAAUCCCAAGUGCAUUAAAGAGUGUAGGUAUUUACACAAAUAAAGCUGGAUCACUAAUUCAGA